AUGGAACAGCUGCUAAAGAGCAGUGCCCCUGUGAACUCGAAGCUGGAGCAAGUCAUCAAGCUGUUGACUUCCAAAGGCUUAGCCUAUGAGGUGGUCCUCAAGCCAGAAGAUUUGUUGUGCCACCCUGCUAACAGAGGUGGUGCCAUGGUCAAUGGCUUCGAUGCUUGGGCCAAGGGGAACAGUGUGCUGACCACAGGCUUGAAGCCCAGCUUGCUCCCUCCCAACAGCUUCUGCAUGGAGAUGGACCCUGCCAGAAGAGAUGGUCAGCUCCAGGCCAACCAACAGAUGUGUGCCAAAGCUGAGAACUUGUUGGGCACAGUGAUGGGGACAGAGAGAUACCUGACUCUGGGCACAUCUCACUUUGUGAUGUACUGCAGGGCUCUUCAGCAAGGUGUUCCUGGACCAGAAGGUGAGAGGGUGAAGCCACCUCCAGAGAUGUCUGCUCUGCUGGCAUCUGGUUGGAAAUGGGUGGCAAUUGCAGCUGUUGUGGAAACUGCAUUUCCUGGGUUUCCUUCCUGGUGCCAAGCUACUUUGAACAGUGUGAACAGUACGAACAAAGUGGUAGGUGAACUGGAGGCAAUGCUUCAAAUCAGUGCUUACUUGAGAGAAGGCCAGGCCAUGAACACUGCAGUGGAUCUGGUGAAAGCAGCAGCACCAGCUUGCGGAGCUUACCUAGAGGACAUAGGCAUGAAGUUUGGCCCUACUCUCUUGAUUGGCCAAGAAAGUAUGGCAUUGCUGAGCUUCUAUGACUUCAAAGUGGAGGGCAAUUCUCUUUUGUUCACCAGAUUUGCCCUGCUGUCAGCAAUGCUGACAAGCAAGAAGCAUGCUGAUGGGUACCAGAAGUUGAUCUUCAAGAAUGACUUUGACAAAAUGGCCAGGCCUUUGAAGCAGCAGACUGUGCAGAUGGAGACAGUUUUGAAGGAUGCCUGGGUCAAAGUUCAAGAUGGCAACAUUGCUGCUGAGAUCAAGAACCUGGCAUAUGGAAAGCUGGCUGUGAGGUGUGUUCUCUACUUACUUGGUAAGCAGAAGCUUGGCAGAGACAAUGUGCAGUUUGAAAGCAUGGAGGAAAUCACUUCUGCAUACUGCCAUGAGCUGCUGGGGAAAGAUGAUGAUGCUGCACCAGCAGCUUCCAGCUCCCAAGGGCCCCAGGUGAAGGAUCUCAUCCAAGCCAGUUCUGCUGAAGUUGCUUUGAUUCAGCAUUCCCAUUUGAAGAUCAAUGAGCAGUAUAUCCACCAGAAGAAGCACACAGACAAAGUGUUCAUCCUGAAGGCAUUGACCAGUGACCACUGCAUUUUUCAGCAUGAGCCUUUGUUUGGUGAGAAAAUUUUGGUGACCUCUGGGUUGGAUGAACUGAAGCUAUGGAAAAAAACCAAGAAGGAUUUACCAAAGCUUGCACCUGAAGAGUUUGUUUCCCAGAGAAUGGUGGGAAAAGUUGGGCAGCCACUUCUAGACUACAACAAAGCCUAUGUGGACUACGUUUUGCAUGAGGCAUACUUUGCCAACCUUGUCAAGGGGAAGUUGCAGCUCUCCUUGAGCCCAGCUGGUGUGUACAGCAGCAUCAAGUUCAAGAAAGGAGACUUGCAGCUGUAUCCAUUGGGCCAUGCCCAGCUGAUCAAGCCUGAAGAGAAGAAGAAAACCAAGAACCUGGUUGUGCAUUAUGGGGGGUACCAUUUCCAGAUCGUGCCCUACAAGGCUGUGACAAGUUUUGAUGCCAAGGACAAGGGCCACCUGAUUCCUUUGUACUGGGUCCAAGACACAGAAGAAGAUAGCAAGUGCAACAUGGCUUCGAAGAGCAUUGGUUUCAUGGAUUUGAAAAUUCCAAUUUUGUACAAUUCUGUGCCCAUCAAUAGCAUGGACCAGCUUCUGAAAGCAGCACCUGCAGAAGCUGACCAGCCAUGGAGGGAGAACUUGCACUGGUCCAAUGACUCUGCACCCUGGCACUGGGAGCAGCCUCCUCUGACACCCCCAAGUGAUCCUCCUCCAGGCCCUCCAGAAUGGCAAGGUGAUGAUGCAGACACUGAAGCCUCAUUCCACCCUGAGGACAUGGCUGCUGAUGAUGCUGAAGACCAUGCUGGUGACCUACAUCUUGCAGGAGAUGGAGAAUAUGAAAUGGCUGAAGGCUAUGACCAGCCUCAGCCUGAAGGCUAUGACCAGCCUCAGCCUGAACCUGCGCAUGAAGGCCACACAUGGGACCAAGCUGAACCAGAAGAAGAAGCUCCUUGGGAGACAAAUCCAGUGACUGUGGAUGGUGCUACAGCACCUUUGUUGAGGACUACCAGGCAUUCACCUGCUGCUGCCCACCCACAUGAUGACAACCUGAAUGUGGAGAAUGUGCUGAACAAGAUGGAGCACCAGCCACAGUAUGUGCCAGACUUUAGCCAACAAGGACAAUAUAAAUCUGGCUGGAUGAAUAAGUGUAUCCUGCUGGUUGCUCUCUGGAAAGAGAGAAGGUUCAGGCAUCUGGAAGAUGUUUGCAACCGUUUUGCAGGACAUCAUAGUAUCUCCCACAAUGUAAGGUGCCUGCAGUCACACAUCAGAAAGCAUGGUGACAAAGGGCCAGUCUUGAUGGGCUACCGAUACUAG